AUGCUUGUCCACUCUGGAGCGGCCAUUCACGGCCAUGAGUUUGCCAAUGAACAGACCGACAAGUUCUGGAUGAAUCCUCUGUCGUUUCUGCCAAACUUGCUCAGCUCCGACCUCAUCCGCCAGCUGCACGCUGCUUUUCCGGCUUCUGACGAGGAUGUGACUCCUCCAUCUCGCUCAGCUUCAGUCAAGGAGACUGGCCAUGGCCGUCGUGCCUCUUUCACCGCCAGACGCCACACCACUUCUGACCUUGCCAACGCCGUCAAGCUGCAGGAGCCUCUCUCCGACGCUGCCUCCAUCUCUGGAAGUGAGCGAACCGAUGGCUCAGUCCGGCUCGCAAGGCGAAAGCGCAAGACACGCUCAUCAGUGCGGUAUGCUCUGGCAUUCCCGGCCCCCGGCCUGCGCACCAAGCAGCGGAACUUCUUUCAGGUCCGUCCGCGUGUGUUGUUGCAGCUCAGAGAGCUUGCCGGCAACAAGCGUGCAAUUCCGGCAUUUGACGUGAUCCCGUCAAGCUUGGUUGCGGGAACCCUCAUCAUCCCAGCAUUGCUCAAGGCAUUCCCUCGCAUGUUCAGUGCCAAACCUCAUCUCGGCCAGAACGACUUUCUCUUGGUUCGGCGAGACGACUAUGUCCCUGCACAUGGCAACCAGCAGCAUGACGCCAACAGCAACGGCGACAGCAGCAACGCCUCAGACUACACAGAGGUGCUUGCAGUCAUCACCACAACUGAGGAUGACGACUGCGCCAAGAUUGUCUUUAAAGACGGAUCAACUUGGGUCACAAGCCGCAAUGCUGGAUCAUACGAGUUCAACCACAUCAACGAGCAAGGCGAGACGGUCAAGGCCAAGUGGAUCAAGAAGCCAUCUCUUUCUCCACGAACAAGCUGGGGAUCAGCCAGCAGCGCCUUUGACGCCAGCAACUCGCCUCCCUCGUCACCUACCACUCCCACGCCAGACGGCAAGUGGACGUUUUGCAUCUUGGAUCCGUCGACUAAGAAGCACCCCAUCCAGGGAGUUCUUGACUCCACAUCAUUGGAGAUAUACAAUACAUAUGCCACCCUCCCUGCAUCGAGCGGUCAGCUGCCCUCGAUCGCACAAGCUAUUGAAGCAGAGGUCACUGGCAUCUCAGAAGACGGCACCAGCCUCGCAGAGGAGCGGUCGUCGAUGGAAGUCUCCGAGUACAACAAGACGCUCAUGCUUGCCACAGCGACUUGGAUCAGACUCCGCCAGUCGGGCUGGCCUGCAUCAGUGACGCCAAAGGCCUCUCGAGCCGUGUCUCAGUGCAUCAACUCGGGCCGCUCGCAAGCAGAGAGCCCUGAGGGCGCAAAUUUGGGAUCAUCAGGCUCUCAAGUCUCCCUCACUGAUGGGCUCAACUCUCCUGAAGACACCUCAACUUCCACUCAAGCUCCAGCCACUAGUCGACUUCGACGGGCAUUCUCCUCAGGGAGCGACUUCAUGAAGAGAAGACGCGAGGCGGCAGCUGCAGCAGCGGCAUUGGCUCUUAUCGCGGAGGGGAAGACAGACGACAAACAUGCAGACAACCUCAAGGUCCGGGAAGAGGCAGCUACAUGCCGAACCCGAGUCAAGCGUCUUGCACACAAGGUCUUUCAUCACUCAAGCACUCAGCGGGUGUCAUGA